AUGUUUAUCGCUGUAAACGAGCAGCUUUCACACGCACAAACUCUGUGGGAUUCACCACCGCCUAUGCGGGCUUACUUCUACGGUCCGAAGAUAAAAGUGACACUUUUCAGUUGCUCGAAAGUUGACUGUUUUAAAGCCACGGACACACAUAUUUUGUAUCUCUUUUGGCACUGCUCCCCGAACACUGCAGCCGAUCCGCUUAUGGAAGAACUCUCGCAAGCGUCAACGAUGAAGCAACUCAUUAAUUGA